CUUUUCUUAGCGCGAGUAUCCGUACAGUUAAGUCGCCCACGGUCGGCAGGCCUUGCCUAGACCACGCCAAAACCCUCUCCUCGGAAUUGACCCUGGCUUGCAAACAAUCAUGUACGACCUGUUCGCCAGAGUCUGUUGAGCGCUUUGUCUACUAUGUCUGUCCAUGCUUACUUGCAUCCACUCUCCAAAAUCUGCCACUUCUUUCAAAUCCAUUUUUCAACACACUCUCUCCCGUCCACGGCGCUUUUCUCUUCCAAGUUGCGACUCGGCUGCGUGUAGUGUCCCGUCAUGCCCACCUGGCUUGUACAUGGGUUCCGGUGGCCGCGUGCACAGAUUCGCAUACACAUUAUUCUUCAGAACCUCGACGAUGCCGCCCCGGAGUGGCUCAUGGCCCCUGCGACAGUUGCUUGUAUGACCAAGAACUUUAAGGACCAAUGGCCAGAGACAAUGGCCCAGCUACCAGACCUGCAAUUCAUUGAGCAAUACGAUCCUGACGACUUUACUAUCAAAGAUCAGCCCCACGCAUACGUCUGUGACAUUGUGCACGAAGUUAAGCUUGGGGUAGACAUAGAAGAAGUCCAGGGUUCUGAAAUAACCGACGACCAACGCGCCGCCAUCACUGAGUUGCGGGAUAAGGUCGCGCCAGGAGAAAAGCUGGCCUGGUUCGUCGUAGUCAAUGGUGAUGUCGAAAGGUGGGCUCCGCCGCUUGAGGACGAUGACGCAACACCAGAGGCUAGCCAGCUCAGCCCAUACAGUCAGGCGAGUAGUGUAUUGCAGUCAGAUAUAUCCCCUGCCCCAGAGCCCGAACGACCGUCCACAAGUCGGAGUCUGAAGAAGUGGUUCGGAGGAAAGCUGAGGAAAACGAAAAGUGGGCGGUCCUUGAGGGGCGAUGCAGUAGCUGCGGCUGAGGAGCCAGCUCCACCACUACCACCCAUCUCUCCACGCCAUGCCCUCCACGCUGCGAACGGGAAAGCGCCGGAACCGAAAACCGCUGCGCCUUGAGCGAGGAUGGUCAUGAAAAGAAAAACCACGCUAUUUGAAUACAUGUGAAGUAUUACUGAGCGCAGGUUCGGUUAGACCAUCAUGGGGAUGCAUGUUGCGAUGUUGUAGAAAUCAUGUCAAGGAAUUCGGUAUAUGAAGCAUGAGCGCUACGAUCAUGCACUACUUCUGAAAUCAAAGAUGUCCUCUUCUAGCCCAUACAGCCUACUUCGGAAGUUAGAUAUUGUAAUAUAUCUUGGGUUCUGAUUUCAAUGGUAUCAAUACAAUGAUCAU